AUACGGGCACAAUGCAGUUUUAGUUAAAGAUAAGCUUUAUUUUUAUGGUGGAUCUUCCGUAUCUUCUUCCUAUACUUUUUUUUAUCUUGAUGUUUCAAAGUCUUUUGAUUUAAUCAAUACUUCAUCAAUGCACUGGACUGAUCUUAGUUUUGUUACAAGUAUAUCCCGAACUUAUGGUGCUUCUGUUGUUAACGAUAAUUCUAUUUAUUUUUUUAGUGAUGGCAAUUCAUUACGUCGUGUUGAUAAAUUUGAUACGUUAACAGAACAAUGGGUUACUCUUAAUUUUUCUGGAAAUGCAAUAUUGGCAUCGACAGGCAUAUCUUAUGUUCAAGGCGUUAUUUCAAAUAACACAAUUUAUUUCUUUGGUGGAAGCACUCAAAUCAGUAUUACUCAAACUCAGCAUGACCUAAUUUUAGUAAUAGGAGGAUAUCCACUAGGUCGAAUAACUUCCUUAAAUAUUAAGACCUUUGUAUGGGCAAAUAUUACGGCUUUGAACGACGGCUUUAUACCUGGAUUAUAUUAUCAUACCGCUACAUUAAUUAAUAAUUAUGUUAUUAUUGCAUUUGGGAACUAUGAUACUUAUAAUCCUUAUUAUCCUACCAUUUAUUAUAGUGGCUAUAAUAAUAAUAUUUCUCUUCUUGAUAUAAAUCAAAAAGAUAAUUAUAAAUGGGUUAAUUCAUAUGUUAUUCCAAAUAAUACCCAAGCUCAAACUCCAACCUCAAACCUAACUCGAUUUGAUCAAAGUAAUAAUAUUACUCCUAGCGAAAUUUUUGGUAUCGUUGGUGGAGUUAUUGAUGUUCAAAAUAAUAAGUCUAAUAGUAUAUUAAAGAAGAAUUUUCAAAAGAAUAAAAAAGGAAAAGAGUCUGUGGGUGGUUCUUUUUGUAUAGAUUUAAGAUCAUAUAAGUUUGAUGAUGUUAUUGAUAGUAAAUAA